AUGCAGUUUUACAGAGUUGUUUGGUGCAUAAAAGGAAAUACAAACAGCAAUCGUCUUUCUGAGAAGAACGAAGAUAUGGGAUGCAAAAGGAUCGCGGGUGGAUUCACAGGCAGAGCACAAGGCGAUCUUGGUCCACUUUACGGUUUCCAGUGGCGACAUUUUGGCGCCGAGUACAAAGGCCCAGACGCGGACUAUGAGGGCCAGGUGUUGAAUUAG